AACAGAGCACUCUCCCGUUUCCUGUUUUUAUUCAUCAGUUCUGUGUUCCGUGUUUCUGUAGUGAUGUAGUUCUGUAUAUUGUGUUUGGUCCUCGGUGUAUUUAUGAACACUAAAAGAGUUCUUCUCAGCUGUACUGUGAUCUCACUGCAGGACACUCGCUUUGUUUAUCCGUGCUGUAAAUUCUGUCUGUCCAGAUUAACAGAGGAGUCUAAUUUAAGAAGUCAGUGUCACAAGUGUGGCUUCACAUGUGAUACACAAAAUGUGGACUAUAGAUUCAGACUGUCACUAAAAGUGUCUCGGGAUACAAGUCUGUUUGGAGUGACAGUUUUUGGAGGUUGUCUGAAUCCCUUUUUUGGUGUUACAGCUGGUGGUUUACAGAGAUUUUUAGAGUCAGAAAAGUUUGAAGGCCCACAGAGUUUACAACAACUACUAAUCAAAGCCGUGGAGGAUUGCUUCAUUGGAAAAUGUUUAGUUUUCGGAUUUAAGCUUGCUGGCAGGGAUGCAGAACGCUGUUUACUUGGUCAACAUGCUGCUGAAUCCAUGCAGUUUGUGGCCUGUCAAGUCAUUCCUCCUCAUGGAGCUUUUCUUGGUGUCACUGUUUUUGCAUACUUGCAAAGCCUUAUGCAGGCAAAUGCUCGGUCAGACUGUUCUAUAGAAGCUGGUGGUCAGUUUCAGCAGAAAGACUCUCUGGUAAGCAUCUUUGAGCAAACUCUGCCUUUGUGCCAGGACCCGUGCUCUGUAAGCAGCAAUGACAGCUUCACACUUCCACCUCCAUGGCAUUCAGUGUCAAACCUAGAAUUAUGCUUCUCUCCAGAGGAAACAAGAGGAAGUUCUUUAAAGGAGGUUUCAGUGGAAGGGGGAACAAUGCAAAGUUCUAAUUUCUAUCCCCUCAAUCUUUCUGAAUCAAAACAAACAGUGCAUAACAGACUCUCUACCUCUCAUAGGUGUCUGUUUAAUGCCUCAUUUAUAUCCCCUAUAAAAACCAACCCCUGUGAUCAUGCAUCAAAACACUUAAAUCAGUGGGCUUCAAAAGACUUUCUCGGCCCAAUAAAUGCAUCUAUUCCUGAAGAGACGCUUUUCAAUCACACCAGUUUUGCUUUAGAUGAUGCACCGUUGUCAGAAUCCUUAAGAGAUUUUGUCAGCACAGAGCUGCAGAUUGGUAACCGGAAAGUACUCGGUUCCAUCAGUGAAAGAGCUCGAGCCAUCACUGAAAACAGUGUCGUCUUAGAAAACAACACAAUUCCUACUGAUAUCUCAAUAGUCCAAUCACUGGACUCUUCCCGUACUGUUCUCACGGCAUUGCGUGAGGUUACCAAUGAUGACCGGGGAACAGGAAGAAAGAAUAGAAAGCGAAAAUUGCUCUCAGUGUCUAAACAUACGACAAAACCCCCUUGCGUUUCUAAGAGGUUGAGCUGUGACCUUAAGCAUUUGGUCUCAAACAGAAAUGGAGGUACUCCUGUUCUCCUGCAAGAAAAUCAGUCAGCUGACUUUAAGGAUGCCUAUAAUUGUUCAGCAGACCUAUUUCACCAAAGCAGCAUGAACAUUUCAGAUGUGUCUGAGAACUCCUUCUCUAACACUGAUCCAAGAAAGCAAGACCAAGAAAGUCUGGUCGAUAUCAAAUUUUCUGAGCCUGAUAUUUCGAGUUUCCAAUUUGCUCCUUCUUUACAGUCAACUCCUAUUGUGGAUUCAUCCAUUCAGUGCACCUAUAGAAAGCCCCAUAAACUCAGCAAAAAAUGGUCAGGUCUGCAUUGGUCUAAGAAGAGUAGGACUCGAACAAGCCUUAUUAGAGUUCUGCAAAACAACACUAAUAACCGACAAGGGUUGCAGCUGGAUAAAUCUAAAUUUAAUCAAACUCACUUUUCUGAUUCUGCUCUCAAAACUUCUGAAAGUUCAGCAGGUGGCUCUGAGUCAAAAGUGGAUGUGAAACACACACCUGGAGAAUCUGCUCUACCCACCACCCUUAAUGACUGCUCCAGAGACCUUUUUGAUCCUUCAUUCUGAGUUAUUUAAUAAUUCUGAAAUCUAAUAAAUGCAUCUUUUUGUGUGUA